AUGAAGGUCGACGGCCCCCACCUGCCCUACGUCACCGCCCUCUACCAGAGGAUUCUCUGGUACGCCUGGUGGGUCCUCCUGGGCGUCCUCUCCAGCGUCGGCCUGGGCACCGGGCUGCACACCUUCAUACUCUAUCUGGGACCACAUAUCGCUUCAGUAACGCUAGCCGCUUACGAGUGUAACUCGCUGGACUUUCCGGAGCCGCCCUAUCCAGACCAAAUCAUCUGCCCCUCGGUUGAAUCAUCAACGGCGGCAGCCACUGCUGGCGCCAUCACCGUCUGGUCGAUCAUGUCGAAGGUCCGCCUGGAGGCGUUCAUGUGGGGCGCCGGGACGGCCCUCGGCGAGCUGCCGCCCUACUUUAUCUCGCGGGCGCACCGCCUCGCCGGCGACUCGCAAAAUGACAUGCUCGAGGAGUUUGAGGAGCUGGAGGACCUGGUGCCGGAGCUGGCGGAAGCUGAAAACAGUGGCUCCUCCGAAUCGGUGGCCACUACGGUGAAGGGCAACAUGAUUCACUUCAUGAAGCGGAUGGGCUUCUUCGGCAUCCUCGCCUGUGCCUCCAUUCCCAACCCCCUCUUUGACCUGGCGGGCAUCAUCUGCGGCUACUCGCUCAUCUCCUUCUGGACCUUCUUUGGCGCCACUCUGAUCGGCAAGGCCGUCAUCAAGAUGCACAUUCAGAAGCUGGUGGUCAUCAUAGUCUUCAAUGAGAAGUACGUCCAGACGGUGCUUGACAUUUGCAAAAACAUUCCAUACGUGGGCAACUCCAUUCACGGCCCCAUUCGUGACUACCUGCAGCAGCAGAAGCAGAGUCUGCAUCAGGGGGCCAAUGCGGCGGUUGGCACUAAGGCGGGCUCCUGGAUCUCCUCCCUCUUUGAGUGGUUCGUCAUCUCCAUGAUUCUCUACUUUCUGGUGUCGAUCAUCAACUCGAUGGCGCAGA